CAAAGGACACAGUGUUGAUAACGUCGAAAUACUUCUAGAGCAAACUUACAUUGAUAGCAUAUAAUUAGAAUGAACAACAAAAACAACGAAUAAAAGUCCUGUUUUGGAUAGUUUGUGUGAAUAUUUAUGAUCUUCUGUGAAAGAAAAAAAGAUGGAACCUCUAUUCCGUAAGAAGAUCGAUGGGCAACUGGUGAUGACUGACACGCUAGAAGCCAGGACUAUAAAGGCAAAAGAUGUACAGUGGAUGCCAGCACGGAAAGCAGUCAUUGUAAAAGACGAGGCAGUGGAGCUGUGCAAGCAGAGUGGGGGAGAUUUUAAAAACCAGAAGCACGUAAUGGGAUGUUUCAAAAUUGAAUUUGGCCAGUUUAGAGGUAAGACCUUCAAGUGGCUCCUGGAAAAUUCACCUGGUUAUGCUGGGUUUAUUGUGGCUGACACCGAAAAAGACGAGCCCUCACACAAUAAGGUGUAUGCGAACAAGAUGGCUCUUAAGAAGUAUAUGGAGCUGUUUGAAGAGGGCGUCCAAAUGAUCAAUUCAAAAAGACAGUCAAAGCCAAAAGAAAAGGUGUCCCCUACAUCAGCUGCUUACAAGGAGAUGACCGAUGAGGAACUGCUGAAAGAGGCACAACAAAUUGAAACUGAGAAAGAUAUUAAGUAG